AUGUCUUGUACCAUGUCCCAAUUCAAGGACUUUGAAGGCGAAUUUUGCCCCGUGAAGCAAUAUAGCAUCGAAGAACUCAAGUCUGACAAGUUUUUGAAGCGCCUCAAGCUCGAAAAGCGGCUUCACAAGUCCGAACAUCCGCAGUCCCAGAACCAAACACCAAACACCCAAAACCCUCUACCCAAAAGAAAGCACAAGAUCCUGCUCUUGGGAACGGACCAGUUGAAAGAAAAACUAAAAUCCCUUUCGCCUUCUCCCUUGCUGGAACAUUCUGCAAAGAAACGAAAGGUUCCUAUGUUGUUAGGUACGGAAUACUUCCGCAACCUCCCUCACGCAAAAGAGCUGCUGAAAACGCCCAAGCCAAUGCCAAAAAUUGCAUUGACGGGGACAGAUGAAUUGCGUAGGCUUCUUGAGGAAAAAAGCACUAAAAAUUCACCGGAUGUCUCUCUGCAAUUGCAAGUUCCAGACUCACUACAACAUACAUCACCAGGAAGUAGUUUGCAACCGGGACAGGCUGUGCUCAAUUCCUCGUCACAGGAAACCUCCGGGGCCCGCAAACUCUCGAAAUCGGAGAUUGUCUUCAGCUCGGAAACAAACGAAUCUCAAAGCAAGAAGCACCCACACAUGGAAAGUCAAGCGCAAAAGGUACAAGAAGAUAGCAGAGACAUCAAAGCAACGGAAUCCAGUGAAUCUGAAGGUACAAAAAAGCAUUCAGCCGAUGAAGCUUUGCACAGUACGCCAGUCAGCUUUCAUGACGACAACGAGUUAAAUGGUUCCAUGGAUGCAGAAAUCGAAAAUCCAAACAACGACGCUCUUGAGUCUAGCACACAAAACAAUGAUGAUGGGUUUGCCCAUUCCAAUAAUUUUAACAAUAGCACCAAUAAUAGAACAGGCGAUUCCACUACUAAUGGGGUUCACAAAAGUGACGAAGAAGGCGCCUUUUCUGUAUCUGUUGAGCAAAGUGAUGUGGAUCUCAUGCGGCGUACAAUUAUGUCCCAGCUCACAGGAAAAAAGUUUCCCCAGCUCGAGAAUUCACUGCUUUGGGCUCCCUAUGACCAGAUACAUAGUAUCAUGGAACAUACGAUUCGAGAUUUUGAAGGCCACUCUACUCUUUUGAUUGGACCGCGAGGCUCCGGAAAGUCGCUAAUAUUGGAUAAGGCCCUUGACUCUUUACGAGCAAAAUAUCGUGAUCUGUUCAUCACAAUAAAACUCAACGCAUGUCUCCACUCUGACGACAAAAUUGCGCUCCGUGAGAUUGCUCGACAGUUGGAUAUGAACAGCAACAAGUUUGGCGCAGUGACAGGAGAAACAACCACGUUCGAGCAAAGAGCCAUCAGCGAUACGUUUACAAAUAUUCUUCUCACGUUGGACAGCAAUGCGCCUGGCAGAAAAUACGAUGAAGCAAAUGAACACCCCACACCUAUAGUGAUCAUCAUUGAGGAGAUCGAGAAAUUCACCAGCAACGCCAAACAGACUUUGCUAUACAACAUUUUCGACUUGUCACAAAGCUCAAAAAUACCCAUUGCGGUGAUAGGCGUGUCUACUAUGAUCACCACACGAGAACUUCUAGAGAAAAGAGUGAGAAGCAGAUUCAGCCAAAGAAUCAUUGACAUCACAAAGGCCACCACCAUAGAGGAAUUUUGGCGCAAUGCAAAACUCAAUUUGACUGUGGCCCCCCAGAACUUCCACCACUUCACAAAUAAGGAGUACCCGGCCCUCUGGAACAACUGCAUAGAAGGUUUUUACAAACGGCCCUCGGUCCUCAAGAAAAUCCUCUACAAAGUUUUUUACACCACGAAAAACUACAAGGAUGUCAAUGUGUCGUGUGUGUUGCCUGUAUCUAAAAUCAGCAUUGCACAGCCGUUCCCGCUCGAAAACUUAUUUGAAACAUAUAUGCAAAACAUGUCCCCCAACUACGUGCAGUCCAUAGUGGGGGCUCUUUCCAACUUGGAACUUCUUCUUGUCAUUGCUGCAGCAAGAUGGAUCGAACGAGUCGAGGUUCCCCAUGUGAAUUUCAACUUGGCUUACGCAGAGUAUACGGAGAUGAUGAAAACAUUUAAUCGAGAGGCGACUACUCUCUCUUCCAAUAGCUCGCAUAUUGACAGCACUGUGCUUGCAAGCAUCAAAGUGAGCCAGAGAAUCUGGUCGCCUAAAGUUUUACGAGACUGUUGGGCCAAUCUCUACAAAAUGGGAAUCCUCUUUGAUGUCAUCACCAGCAACAACGAGGUCAAUGGGAACAACAACUACAACAUGUACAAAGAGACUGUCAUUGAAGAUUCAAAAAUGCUUCAGCUCGAUGCGUCAUUGGACGAUUUAGCUUCGCUUAUAGAUGACAGUGUUUCAUUCAAGAAACUCACAAGGUUGUAA